UAAUUAGGAAAGUAUUUAAUUUUGCUAAGAUAUUUAUUGUUUUCUGUACUGUCCUUUUCUAAUUUACUUGCUUAUCUUUGGUGUGCUGUUAAUCUAGAUUCUCGAGUUCCUUCACAUUCUUGAUUCUACCUCUUAGUUUUCUCACCCUUUACUCUAUUAUUAUACAUUUAUACUCCCCAGCAAGAGUCUGCAUCUUGUUCAAGAAUUUACUGUAUAAUCUAAAACCCUCAUUGUCGUAAAUGCAUUUAUUUUCAAUAUCCAAAAUUUGAGUCUAAUUUUACGGUGACCUUACGAAGGAAAAAAAAGAAGAAAAGAAUUGUUUACAUGUGGCUAAAAUUAUGUUCCAGCUCGCUUAUGGUAACAGUAACCUAUCGUGAUUAGGAAUCCUAGGCCUGUAAGGAUUGUAAUUGCCGAAUCCUAAGCCUGUAAGAUGGCGGGCUCUGUAGCAUAGUCACUUAGUGGCUCGAACUAAAAUUAUAGCAUAGGGUGCUGUUCGGUUCUUCCCACACAAAUAUUUUUCUUUUCUUUUACAUUGAGUUUGGAACCUCAAAUUCCUGGAUCUGCCAUCCGUGAUGUCUACGCCGACCCUACAAGUGAGGGACAUGGUUGAACUCGAUGAAACUGAACGAAAGAUCUUCAAAAUGUUGCCGGGAACGCUUGACCAUUAUAAACUGAAGACAGAGCUUCGUGUCGCAGGUGGAUGGGUCCGUGAUAAGCUUCUGGGAGCAGUUGCCGAUUUCCUACCAUGCAAAAAUAUGGCACACCGGAACAGGAUGCAAUGAGAAGGGAUCUAACGAUCAAUAGUUUGUUCUACAAUAUCAAUACCAAAUCAGUUGAAGAUUGGACCAACAGAGGCAUCAAAGAUCUAAAAUUCGGGAAUAUUGCGACUCCUUUGUCACCAAGGGAAACUAUUAUGGAAGAUCCAGUGCAUGGUCUGCGAGCUAUUCGUAUUGGCACAAGGUAUAGAUUCACACUAGUUGAACAGCUAAAGGAAGCUGCUGCCAGUGAUGAAGUGAAGGCAGCUCCUUCAGCUAAAGUUAGCAGAGAGCGAAUUGGAGCUGAAAUUGAUCUCAUGAUAUCUGGAGACCAACCUGUCCAAGCUAUGACUUUACUGUGCGACUUCAAUUGGUUUUGGUAUGUGUUCCGUCUUCAUCCUCAGUGUGAGCCGCCAUCAGACAGGGCUUGUGUCACCUACUUGGAGUCUAUAUGUAACCUUAUUGGGGUAAUUGGGCCGUCUACAUUUACUGAUGAACAGAGAAGGAUCUCCUUUUAUGCUGCUAUGUUCCUCCCACUUAGGACGACCACGUACAAAGAUGAGAGAGUAGAAGAGAUUCCUGUAGUGAAUUUCAUUUUCAGAUACUCACUUAAGAGUAAAGUCAGCGAUGCAGAAACUGUUAUAAAGAUACACAAUGCAGUGGAAAAGUUCUUGCCUUUGCUUCCGCACUUUGGAUCCAGUGGAUGUGGCGUGCAACUCCUCGCUGAAGAUGAUUUGGGAACCAGAGAGUAUGUUGAUGAUCUUUCUGCUACUUCAAAAAAAUCACAACUCAGAGUACUGAUGGGAUUUCUUCUACGAGAAAUUAAAGAUGUUUGGACAGUUGCAUUGCUGCUGUGUUGUUCAGAAGAUCCUUUGAACAAGAACCUCACAUUAGAGGAUCGAACAGCUUUGUUUAGAAAAGUCCAAAGCGCCAUAAUUGAUGAUCUAUGUCUUGACAAAGUCUGGGAUGUAAAGCCAUUACUCAGGGGAACGGAUAUUAUUAAACAUCUGGGCCUUAAAUCUGGAGGACCAGUUGUCAGUGAAAGGAAAUGGAAAGUAUUUGCAUGGGUGCUCAUCCUUCAGGGACUAAAGAGGAAUGCAGAGAUUGGAUGAAGAAAACAUUCUUCAAGUACUAGCUAGAAUGACUUCACAUGGAGCACUAUAUUCAUAUAUCUUACUUUUCAAUGGUGAACUGACAUAUCAGACUUAUUGGCGCCUUAAACAAGUAUUUCUGCCUUUGUUAGCAUUUGAUAACUUUGUAUACUGAUCCCUAGGGGAAAUUCUUUAAGAAAAACCAAUAGUGGUCACUAAUAACAGUUCAUCUCAGCAAGAACAGCAACUAAAAAUGAAUGAGAAUCUAAAUACCGCCCCAUCCCAGCAAUACCCUUUCCUAUUGUUGAUGCAAAAUCAAGAAGCACCGGACUGGCUAACCUUCUUGCUUGUCAGUAUAAUCCCCAAUUGAACUGGCUUUGUGCUCUGAGCUCUGACUCAUCAAAUCCUCUUCCUUCUCCAAUUCUGCUUUCUCGGCCUUCAAGAAAAAAUCAUAGUAAUCUUGAUUCUCCUUCAUACACUCAUCCAAAGUUUUGAAGACCUCAACACACUUUGCAGCAGCAUAAUCCUUGUUCUUCUCAGACUCUUUAACGCACUGUUCCCAAGCUGUGAAUCUCUCUCCACAUGGACCUGCUUUCAUGAAUAAGCAAAACCCACACUCACCUUUCUCUUCUUCUUCUUCUUCUUUGACAUUCUCUGAUUGGCCGUCAUUUUUCUGAGAAGGCAGCGGAAGCGUGGAGUUGGAAGAGUCAGGUUCGGUAGUGAUGGCAGCGCCUCCCAUCCCUCUUAAACAUAAAGAAAGUGUG